UUCAUGUCCUUAUUUUUCUUUGUCCCAUUCUUCAAUCUUUCUCAGUUGGAGGAUAAUAUAUAUAGCGCCAUCUUUUUCCUCCGAUUUUCAUACAAACAAGUUCAUGGUUGAGACAGAAUUUCAAAUUCCAUCUGCUUUUGAUCCAUUUAUUGACAUCAAACAAGAUUUGGGUGGUAGCGUUGGAGGAAAGGAUUACGUUCAUAUACGUAUACAACAAAGGAAUGGCAGGAAAAGCUUGACGACAAUUCAAGGGCUGAGGAAGGAACUUAGUUAUGAGAAAAUUCUCAAAGAUUUGAAAAAAGAAUUUUGUUGCAAUGGGACCAUUGUUCAAGAUAAAGAAUUAGGCAAGGUGAUUCAACUCCAAGGUGAUCAACGCAAGAACGCAUACACUUUUUUGACUCGUGUUCAUUUGGUGAAGAAGGACCAGAUCAAGAUUCAUGGUUUCUAAAACUACUAAUUAAUCAUGUUGUUUGAGUUUGGUUCUAUAUAAUAGAUGAUUAAAAUUUGUAGUACGAAUUUUGACCGAACAUAUAUGAUUCUAUUAUGAUGUAAAACUCAACCAUAAUAAGAGUCCGACUAAUUUUGAUCAA